AAGUUCUUGGACAUCCCAGGCAUCACCCUCCCUUCCGGAAUAAUUUAUGCUAAUGUAUUCUGCACCCUGUUUCUUGGCAGCUGCUUGUCCCGACAGCCAGCGCCUUCCUCCAAGUGGGAGUCCUCUUCAGAAGCUUCUUAGGACCCCAGAAGUGGGGAAGGAAAACCAACUUUUUUUUUUUAAACAACCCUCCCAAACAACCAAAAGGGAUUUUCCAUCUGAAACUGGCAUUCGUGUCUGUGUGUGUCUCCCUCACUCCACCCUUGCCUGCACCGCUGUGUGCUGGCUUAAAGCCUCUCUGACUGCAUUUUGGAAAAGAAAGUGACGUCUUCACUUCGAAAGGCAGAAGAAACACAGCGAUUCACACAUAGGAGUAUUUAUUUCUGAUCCGGAGUCUUUAUAUCCAGCGGCAAAGUGCAUGUGGUGCUUUUAUACCUAAAGCUCGGGUGAUCAGUAAGUUUAGAGCUGGAAGAAUAUCCCCCAGAAGAUCUCUUGUCCGAGGUGCUUUUGCUUGGGAUAUCUUGAAUUCGAAGUUCUGGACCAGCCCACCAAAGUCUGAUAUAGAAGAACUACAGACGCCUCCCAUAGAAUCUCGGUUUCAUCUCAGCUCCCUGAAAGAUUAGAGACCCAUUAGCUCACUGGAUUCUCUUUGGGUGCUAGAUUCCAACAGCCUUUUGGUCAGGUUUGGGGGCCUUGCCUACUUCUGUCAAUCCUGAUCUCGUUCUUGAAAGGUCUGCAGGCUGUCUGUGAAGACUUCCAUCUCCAACAAAAGUCCCCUCCUCUUCCACCGCACCUCCAGCUUCUUCGAUUUACAGUCCACUUCCAAGGGACCGGGCUCUGUGCCAUUCUCACCAGGCUGCCAAGAUGUUCAGCUGGAUGAAGAAGAAUGAGAAGAAGAACCCCGAAGUGAUCCGUACGGUCACCGAGGGCCUGAAGGACCUCUACAAGAGGAAGCUGCUCCCCGUGGAAGAGUACUACCGGUUCCACGACUUCCAUUCCCCGUCCCUGGAAGAUGCCGACUUCGACAAUAAGCCCAUGGUGCUGGUGGUGGGACAGUAUUCUACCGGCAAGACCACCUUCAUCAAAUACCUGCUGGAGCAGGACAUCCCCGGGAGCCGCAUUGGGCCCGAGCCCACCACGGACUCUUUCAUUGCCGUCAUGCAUGGCGAAACGGAGGGCAUCAUUCCGGGCAACGCUCUCAUCGUGGACCCCAAAAAGCCCUUCCGGAAACUCAACCCUUUUGGGAACACCUUUCUCAACCGAUUCAUGUGCGCCCACUUGCCAAACCAGGUUCUGGAGAGCAUCAGCCUUAUCGACACGCCAGGGAUCCUUUCUGGUGCUAAGCAGCGCGUGUGCCGAGGCUACGACUUCCCGGCGGUGUUGCAAUGGUUUGCCGAGCGCGUGGACCUCAUCAUCCUCCUCUUUGACGCCCACAAGCUGGAGAUCUCAGACGAGUUCUCGGAGGCCAUCCGGGCCCUCAAGGGCAACGAGGACAAGAUCCGGGUGGUCCUGAACAAGGCCGACAUGGUGGAGACGCAGCAGCUGAUGCGGGUCUACGGCGCCCUCAUGUGGUCGCUGGGCAAAGUGUUCAACACGCCCGAGGUGCUGCGUGUCUACAUCGGGUCCUUCUGGUCGGAGCCCCUGAUGAUCUCCGAUAACCGACGGCUCUUUGAGCUCGAGGAGCAGGACUUGUUCACGGACAUCCAGAACCUGCCCCGGAAUUCUGCCCUGAGGAAGCUUAACGAUUUGGUCAAGAGAGCCCGUCUGGUCAGGGUGCAUGCUCACAUCAUCAGCCACCUGAAGAGAGAGAUGCCGUCCGUCUUUGGCAAGGACAACAAGAAGAAAGCGCUGAUUGCCAAGCUGCCCGUCAUCUUCGCCAAGAUCCAACUUGAGCAUCACAUCUCGCCGGGCGAUUUCCCCGACUGCAACAAGAUGCAGGAGAUGCUCAUGGUGCAUGACUUCACCAAAUUCCACGGGCUGAAGCCGCGCAUGGUGGAUGCUUUGGACGAGCUGCUGACUCUGGACAUUGCCAAGCUGAUGCCCCUUCUGCGCCAGGAGGAGGUGGAGGUCCCUGAGCAGAUCGUGCACGGCGGCGCCUUCGAAGGCACCCGCAACGGCCCCUUCAUUGAAGGGGUGAACGAGGGGGCCUAUGAGGGCAUGGAUGAUGACGAAUGGGUUGUGACCAAGGACAAGCCCAAAUACGACGAGAUCUUCUACAACCUGUCCCCUAUGGACGGCAAGCUGAGCGGCACCAAAGCCAAGAACUGGAUGGUCACCACCAAGCUGCCCAACUCAGUCCUCGGCAAGAUCUGGAAGCUCAGUGAUGUCGACCGUGACGGCAUGCUGGACGACGAGGAGUUUGCUCUUGCCAGCCACCUCAUUGAGGUCAAGCUGGAGGGCCACGGCCUGCCCUCCGACCUGCCCCGCCACCUUGUGCCGCCCUCCAAGCGUCGGCAGAAGGGGUCGGCAGAGUAAGGAAUCUCCCCAAGCUGGCCUCCAUCCCUACGCCAGGCUUGAACUGCUCUAGUAGGCCCUGGUUUGGCUCCGACUUUUUGUUUUCCACCCAUAUCUGGCUCAAAGCCUUCGUGAAGGCCUCGUUCUCGCACAGCAUGGCAGAUCCUGCUUCCUGCUCCCUCCUUCAAGCCAGUCACCACUUCUGCCUUCUUCUUCGUCCCUACUGGACUCAAAAGAAAACUAGAGAAGUUCCAGUCCACUCCAGCAGGCUUCAGUUCCUUAUGUAGGCCUUAGUCCUCCAAGCAUCAUUUCAAAGUACUUCAGUUGGUCUCACGGUCCCGGUUUCCACUUCCUUCUCCCAGGCCUAGUUGGGCCAGUGGUCGUUGGUCUUCACUCAUGCCAGACUUUCCUAGGAGGUCUUCCUUUCUAAAAAAAAAAGGG